AUGCUGUUUUCUCUAGAAACAUUAAAAUCUUAUGCACAAUCUGUAGGAAUUACAAAUAUUGAUGACGACGCAUUGAGAAUUUUGUCUCAAGAUUUGGAAUACAGAAUCAAAGAAAUAUGUCAAGAAGGAAGCAAGUUUAUGCUUGCUAGUAAAAGAACGAAAUUAAGUAUCGAAGAUAUUAACUAUGGACUUAUAAGUAGAAAUGUAGAUCCGUUAUUUGGAUACGAUCCACAAGAUAAUCUUGUUUUUAAAGGUCUUCCUUCAGGUAUUUUUUACGUCCCCGACGAAGAAUUAGACAUUGAAGAAUAUUUGGAAAGGCCACUUCCUAAAAUCCCGCUUAACACUUCGAUACAAAGCCAUUGGCUUGCUAUUGAAGGCGUACAGCCACAAACUGCUCAGAAUCCUAUUUUAAUACAAAAGACUGAACAGAAGAAGGACACUUUAAUAACAUAUCAAGAAGAGACAGAACUCAAAUCACAAAAUAAACACAUUUUGACAAAAGAGCUUAAUAUGUAUUUUGAGAAAAUUAUACAAACAAUGGAAACUGAUGAAGAUAUCGCAAUAGAAUGUCUUAAAAAUGAAAGUGGUAUACAACAAUUAGUACCUUACUUUAUUCAUCAUUUUAAUCAACAGAUAAUAAAAAAUUUAAAAGUUACAGAAAAAUUAAAAACUGUAAUAAUGAUGUAUAACAGCCUAUUAAAUAAUCAAUACAUAUUUAUUGAUCCUUAUCUUCACCAGAUACUACCUUCACUACUUACAUGUGUUGUUGGUAAGUCUGUUGAUGACUCUGUUAGAUAUUUAUCUUCUGAUGUUAUUAAAUUUGUUUACGAUAACUUUGCUAGUAAAUACAAAACCCUUGGCCCAAGAAUUAUUAGCACACUAUCUAAAACUUGGCUAGACAAAGACAAAAAUGAAAAUGUUCAACUUGGUGCUUUGAGAUGUCUUGGAAUUUUGUCUCAGGAAGUAAUUAAUAAUGUAAUUAAACCUAAAUCAGAAAUAUAUAAAAAGGAAAUUGGACAUUUUAGCGUGAAUGAAGAACUUAAUAGGCUAAUAAACAACUAA